CUUGUAUUGGGUAUGUGGCAUUAAAAGACCUCAUUGAGACAGAAUUGGGCAUUCAUAUUUCAACAAGCAUGGUCAGGAGGGCUGUGAGAUGCAUCAAAAAGAGAAUAAAUGCUAGCUUUGAAGAGCAAUUUAACCGCCUUAGAGACUACGGUCAAGAGUUGCUUGAUUCUAUCCCAAACACUACCAUGAAGAUAAUGACAUCCAGAGUUGUUGAUGAUGGCCCUUGUAUGUUUCAGAGGAUCUAUUGCUGCUUUGGUGCCAUGAAAAGGGGAUUUUUAGAAGGCUGCAGAAAGAUUGUUGGGUUAGAUGGUUGCUUCUUAAAAGGACUUUUGAAGGGGGAAAUCCUUA